AUGGAUAGCUCGCCCACUCACAAAUGUGCUCUUUUCCAAUCAGGAGUUUCGCUGCUGGACAAUGCUGAGCUUUCUGAGAACCACACGUGGCAUUUAGAACCAAGUCAUCUCCAGCAUGGGCCGUGGAGCCUACCACCGACCCAUCAAACACCUCCAUUUCCCAAGGCCAGGAAUUCAGAAUGCGCUCCUUGCCCGGACAACAUGACAUAUCCUGCCAUGUAUCCCGGUUUACCCGAGUCUCUCAUGGCUGAUCAGUAUUCCAUAAAGUUACUCAACUCUCCCCGAGACAACCUGGCCGACUCGGCUUUCGUGCAAGACCUCUGCCUAGAGUCCGACCUGUCCUUUGACCCGCGAAGCCACCUUGUCGACUUGGACACCAUGUUUGACGCGCGGUGGGCAGGGGCAUCGGCUGGGCUUGCCAGCAGACACUCUUACACGGCGACGACGGAAGAUGCUUCUCCAGAGCCGUCCAAUACGAGCGAGUCGAGCGACUGGGUUCCCAAGGAUGUGUAUGAGAUGGGCUUUCUCGACGACGAUGGAAACUGGCGAUGCAGCUACGCAGGUUGCAGAUCAGGCAGCAUAUUUCAUCGCGCAUGCGAUCUCCGAAAACACUACGUUUCCCACACCAAAGUCUUUUUCUGUGCCCGGCCUGAAUGUGCCGCCCUGGGGCUAGGCUUUGCCGCCAGGAAGGAUUACGAGCGACACAUGCGCUCGCACCAGCCCAAUAUCGCGUGUCUAGAUGCGUCGUGCAAUCGAGUAUUUAGCAGAAUGGACAACAUGAAUACAUACAUUCGCUACAUGGUUGUGUAA